UCCAUUUGUCUCAUAAAAAUAUCAUUUAAAAUAAUGUUACUCAUGUCACAGAGUGUAACAUUGUCUUUUUAAUAAUCGUCAUGUAUUUAAUUAGAUCUAGAAAAAAAUUAACUAUUUACAGUCUGACAGUUUGUGUGAACAUUGUUCAUUUUCUAAAAACUCUCCAUCGCAAACACUUAAGCCUGAACGCACGAAUAGUUUGCCAUUUUCAAAAUAAAAUAUCAGUACACUUAAAAAACACAUGAUCAAUUAUUACUACUUACAGAAAUGAAACUUCUUAACUAGACAAGAAAACUCGUACAACUACCACUAAACAACUUCCUGUUAACAUAUUAGGCAUAUUUUUAGUCCAGCGUCCAAUGCUGUCUUCCAAUCUCCAGUGGAAAAAAUGAACAGUGAUGAUACUGCAAAGCUGAAAGAAGCACCAAUUUGAGAAUAAACAAAAUGAGUAAAGACAAAGUUGUGAAAAAAUGUGCUCGUUGUGAUAAGACAAUUGAAGGAACAUGGCUAACUGCUUUGGGUAAAACAUGGCACCCUGACCAUUUUACCUGCGAGAAAUGUAAAAUACCAAUAACGGAAAAUCAAUUCAAAGUCGCCGAUCAAAAACCCUACUGCACAAAUUGUUUUCUUGAAAUGAAUGGUAAAAGAUGUAAAAAAUGUGAUGUGCUUAUAGACGGGUGCAAAGAGAAGUGUGUCAUGGCUUUGGGUGCUCAUUGGCACAGUGAACACUUUUCGUGCGAAUCUUGCCAAAAGACUCUCGAGAAGAUGCCAUUUUUUGAAAAGAACAAUGAGCCAUACUGUAAACAAUGCUACGAACAUCUUUUCUGCCCAAAAUGCAAAGGAUGCAAGAAGCCGAUCAGUGAUACAAUCCUAACGGCAUUAGACUCCCAGUGGCAUCAAAAUUGCUUCAAAUGCAGUAAAUGCAAGCAACCUAUAGGAAAUGGCUCAUUCGGUAUAAAUUCUGAGGGACAACCAUUAUGUGAAGCAUGUUUGAAGUGAAAAUUUUUUCAUCGUCUCAAAUACAAAUUUUAUUUUAUUUUUUA